AUGAUGGGUGCAUCAAAUUUGAUGAUGGGAUUAACUUUAGUAUUAGUAAUCUGUCUUGCUGUUGUUCUUGGCUUAGUUUUAGUCUUAUUAGCUGAACUUUACUGUACCGCCCUACUCCGCCGCCGUAACACCACCGCCACCGCCGCCGGAGAAUCUUUGAUAGCCGUGAACAACCCAUUACAACCAUCAAUCGCCAAUUUUUACACACAAAGCAUUCUAACUGCCCCAAGAAGUAUCCUUUACCCUUCAGUCACCUCCACCGGCGCCGGAGCAGACAUAGAAAAGCCGCCGGAAAAUCAAGAAAGUGUUGAAAAUAAUGGGAAUUCCUGCAGAAGGGAAGAGGGUUUGGUUUAUAUUUCAAACCCCAUGUUUGACGAUGAAAAUGGUCGGCGGAGCAAGGUGGCGGCGGCCACUGGGAAUACUCCGUUUGAGACGCCGGACACUUCGCCGUCACGGCUGGAGACGGAGGAUGAUGAUGAUGAGGAUGAGGUGGGAGAAGAGAUGACGUCGGUGAAAGUGGUGGUGGUGACUCCGCCGUUGACGCCGAUGAAGAAGCUGCCGGAGACGGUGGAAGGUGGUGGUGGGGAUAUGAAUAGCGGUAGUAAUAAUGGUGGUGGUGGGGUUUCUUCUUCUGCUUCAUCUUCUGGGACUCCUUGUACUUCUCUUUCUUGGUGA